UUUUCUUCCUUCAGGCGCAGUUCUUCCCUCUUCUUCUUCUUCUUCUUUAUUUCUUUUCUGUUUCUUUCUUUCUUUAAAUCUUCAUUUGCCUCUUCGCGAGACCCAUUUUCUGUGAGAACGAUCCAGGAAGAAGCAUUUGGGCGGUGGAGAGGAAGAAUUGAAAACAAAAUUUCUGCCGCAACUAUCCGUGAGUGAGUUGUGUAUUUGUGGGUUGUAAUUGGUGUUUUUGAGGGUUGUGAUUGUGGGUUUGUGGUGUUCUGUGUGUUGUCGAGAAAAAAAAAAUCUAAAGAAUGAGUUAAAUCAAAGAAAAGGAAGAUGGGUUUGUGGUCACUCUGGGUCUGCCAUGGGAUGGUGGGUUUGUCAAGGAAGAUGGGUUUGGUUGAGAGAGAAAUACCACCUCCUCGACUCUGCAACCCAGACCAGCUCCUCGCCUUGUGGACCAAGACCGUGAGUAAGUUUGUUGAAGCCAUGGAAACUGGAACCAAAGAUUCUGGGCAGGCCGAAGACAAAGAGAGCUCGAACAAAACCAAGUGUGUUAUGAAUAUACAAGGGUACCCAGUAAAGGGUUUGUCAAUCGCAGGCCAUGAAACCUGCAUAAUUUUCCCUUCUCUCAAUAUAGCCUUUGAUAUUGGUCGCUGUCCCCACCAAGCUAUACAACAAGACUUUCUCUGUAUCUCCCAUGCCCACAUGGACCACAUUGGAGGACUCCCCAUGUAUGUUGCAACUCGUGGCUUAUACAGAAUGAAGCCCCCAACAAUCAUUGUACCAACAUGUAUAAAAGCAGAUGUAGAACAACUCUUUGAGGUGCACAGAAGAAUGGACCAAUCAGAGCUGAAGCAUAAUCUAAUUGGCUUGGAUGUUGGAGAAGAGUUUUAUUUGAGAAAAGACCUUAAAGUAAGAGCUUUUAAGACGUACCAUGUCAUUCCAAGCCAGGGUUAUGUAGUUUACUCUGUAAAACAGAAACUUAAGCAGGAGUACAUUGGCCUUCCUGGGAACGAGAUUAAGAAUUUGAAGUUAUCAGGUGUGGAGAUUACAUACACUGUGACAGUACCUGAAAUUGCUUUCACUGGAGAUACCAUGUCCGACUUCAUAGUUGACCAAAAUAACAUUGAUGCCUUGAGAUCAAGAAUUCUAGUUAUGGAGUGCACCUUUGUUGAUAACUCUGUUCAAGUGGAGGGUGCAAGAGAUUACGGACACACACAUAUAUCUGAGAUAAUAGGUCAUGCAGAAAGAUUUGAGAACAAAGCAAUUCUUCUAAUACACUUUUCAGCUCGUCAUACAGCUGAGGAAAUUCAACAAGUUGUAUCUGCUUUGCCUUCACCUUUAGCAGGUCGAGUUUUUGUGCUCACAGAAGGUUUCUGAUGGGAACUGGAGUAGUGUUUCUGUUUUGAGCACCUGAAUGCUGUUGCCACUUUGGAGUUAGUAGAUUCAUGCAACCCCCACUACUAGCUCAGAAAACUGAGUUGGUGACAUUGUGAUUUUGAAGCUUGUGGGUUUAUGUAGGCCCCCCAAUUUUCAAGAAGAAUUCCAGCAGGAUGCUUAGUCGGGAAUGUUCUUUAAAGCUUGUUGGUUUUCUUGAGAUGCCAUAUCCAUUUCUUCUUUUUCCCCGGGUGGCUGCGUGGGUGUGUAGAGGUAGGGGGGAUUAAAUUGGCUAAACAUUGGUCCUCUCAUUUGUCUCAAUAUACUGAUUUUGAUUGUUUUCAUUCUGGCUCAACGCAAUUACCUUUUGAUACAAUGUAGUAAGAGCACAUUUUGUGUGUGACAACUGACUUAAGAUCUCAAAAAAAAUGAUUCAUAAAGCUGAGAAAGCUCAUUUUGACGAA